AUGUCCGCCCAUGUCCCCGCGUGGAAGCGAUUGGGCCUCAAGCUCAAGGGACCUGCGUCGGCCGAGACCAUUCCCAGCUCGGGCAGCCCCAAUGCGCGCGCAAAACCGUCUGCGCAGGUCCCCAACUCGAAUUCGAAUGCACACGCACACGCUCAGAACGGCCGAGUAAACGGAAGUCCGGCGAGCGCCUUAAAACGAAAACAACCAGGCUCCGCGCCCGCCCCGAAUGCCGCCUUGUCGGCGCAAACGCCAAGCAAGAAGCAACGGAAAGACGACGGAUCGGCGCCGGACCAGGCGACGAUCGCGACCCCCUCGUCACUGAAGAAGUCGGUCUCAUUUUCCGACGGGACCAAGUCCGGCGAUAAGGCCAAAAAGAACAAGCCCAAGACCAAGGCAAAGAAGGCCAAGAAGGCGGCCGAGGCAACCCAAGCCGACUUCAGCCUCGAACCCUCCCUAGUAUACCUACGCCAGUGGCAUACCGCACGCGACUCGUGGAAGUUCAACAAGAACCACCAGACGCUCCUGAUCAAGUACCUCUUCGACGGCGACAAAAUCCCCUCCGCCGACGUCCCCGUCUUCUACCAGUACAUCCGCGACCUCAAGGGCUUCGUCCGCACGAGACUCCGCGAGACGGCUACCGAAAUACAACACAAAGACAUGGAGGCCGGUGCGGGGGCGUUCCCGGCCGCCCUCAAGGACAAGGAGACCAAACAGAAGGAAUACGAAGACACAAUAGCCCGCUUCCUGCGUGACCUCCACCAGUACCAAGAACACCAACAAAAAGAACAACAAGCCAAUGGCACACUAUCCAAGCACAAAAAUGCCAACGGCAAACGCACCCUCGAUGAAGUCGAAUACGUCCUGCGCGUCGGCACCCCGGAAAUCAAACAGCGCCUCCUCAAACGCAUCCGCGCCGAGCUCGUCCUUGACUCCCUCUCCGACAGCGAAGAUAGCACCAGCAGCACCACCAGCGCCGCUGAUUCCGUCGCUGGCACGUCUACCACCAGUACCACCACCAUUACCGCCGGCACGGCCGUCGCUGCCCGGCGUAGCGACGGGCAGCCUGCGAAGCGCCGCCGGCUGCGGAAUGUGAGGACGGAUAUUGGGGAUGAGGAUGAGGAUAGUAGCGAUAGCAGCUCGUCUGAGUCGGAAGACGAGUCUAACGAUGAUGAAGAAGAUGAGGAAGAUGAAAGCGAUUCAGACGAUGACGACAGCAGCAGUACCAGCACCAGUGAAAGCGAAGAAUCAGAGGAAGGUGAUGCGAUGGAUGUAGACCAAGCACCUGGGGGUCAGGUCGACGAUUCAUCGAGUUCGAGCAGCAGUUCGUCAGAGGACGAAGAUGAUGAUGAGGACGAUGACAACGACGAUGAUGAUGACGAAGCCGAAUCUGGGGCCGGAGUGGCAUCUGCGUCGGAUGAGGAGAGUGACGGGGUAGGGAGUAGCAGUGGUGAGGACUGA